AAAGGGGGGGUUUCUUCUACGCAAAUAAUAGUGGAAAUUAAUGGAAAAUGGGGGAAAUACGCGAUAUAAAUUUCAAAGAAAUCGUAUCAGUGCAAGUGUUUCUGCUGGAAGGUUUUUCUUACAUGUUACCGCAAUACUAUACAAUACCUAAAGUGGCCUACUUCUGUGCAGCAUUUUUAAUAUACAUAGUGGGUUUCUUCUACUCGCAGUUGGCCUGCGAAUUUUUCAAAAUCUACUUCAACGCCGAAAACGUGACGGACGUGCUGAGCGACUCGUUCCUCUUCCUCACCCAUCUGGUGCAAACCACCAAGCUGGGCUACAUGUACUACUACAGAAAGAGGCUCUGGGACUUGAUAGAGUCGCUCAACCAGCCGGCUUUCAGGCCCGUUUCGCUCGCGCAACGCGACACUUUGGGAAGAUACAUCGGAAUGGCCAAGUUCAUAUCGUACAAAUUCCAAAUCCUCUGUCUGUUGACGUGCAUGUUUUGGACAUUCUACCCUUUCACGCUGGAGGAAUUGAUGUUACCCUUGGACAGUUGGUACCCCUUCAACACCACCUACAACCCCAAUUUCGGCAUCGCCUAUUUUCACACAUCGGUCGGUUCUUGGUUGAACGGUACCUCUAACAUCGCAGCAGAUACCCUAUUCGCCGGUUUGAUAAUGGCGGCCUGCGCUCAAUUAGAGAUACUUAGAGACACGUUGACGAAUCUGCGGGAUUACGCGAAGGCGAGAUUGGGCGGUUUGGGGGAAAAUUCGGGAAAAUCCGGCGGCAUUCCGGCGAUUUUGAUGGACGAAAUGAGCGCUUUGUUGGUCGAUUGCGUGAAUCAUCACAGGUGCAUUUUGAAUUUCGUACGGGAAUUCCAGUUAAUAUUCUCCUACGCCAUCUUGGCGCAAUUCGUCGUUAGCGUCAUUAUUAUAUGCACCACCAUGUACAAUUUGACUUUGAUACCGUUCGGAAGUAUGCAAUCCAUAUCGUUAAUAAUCUAUCAGUAUUGCAUACUCUUGGAGAUAUUUUUAUGGUGUUAUUUCGGCAACGAAGUAAUGAUUCAGAGUAAUUUAUUAUGCGAUGCGGCUUAUAAAUGCGAUUGGACAGACUGUUCUCCAACGUUCAAGAAACAUCUGUUAUAUUUCAUGACAAGAUCGCAAAUGGAGAUGAACAUUUAUGCGGGAAGUUUCUUCACAUUAUCACUAACCACUUUCGUUAAAAUUGUAAAAUCUUCUUGGUCCUAUUUCGCAGUACUCAUAAGCAUGAAUAAAUAAAAAAAACUCACGAGAGCACUUUUGUUGAAAAAUGUAUUAAUUUUGUAGUAGUUUUGCAUAGAAAUAUAUUCGAGCAAAUUGAA